CGGCGCCAUGACACUUUGGCCCAACCUAACUUCACACCCGUCAAACGUCAAACUCGCAAUUUUAUCAUCCCUAUUGAGAAGGAAUUUGUAGCGUCACUCAUUUUAAUUAUUGAAUGAGAUAUUCUCGUCCAUCGCGGACACCUGCAACGCGUUCUGACAUAUCGACAACAACAUGAACGUCGAUUAAAAUACAUACCGAUCAAAAAAGCCAAGAUGAUUUCAGCUUGCCACAGAGAUUCUUACGAUUACGAAAGCUUGUCUACUAAUGAAUAGAUUGAGGAUGAUUCGAAAGGGAAUAGUGUCCACAAAUCUGAACAAGAUCCUUUCCGUCGUGAAUCCAUGCGUUACAUCACGAGUACAGAGGGAGAACACGUCUGUUCUAUGUGCAACAACAUGUUCGAGAAUGAAAAAGAACUUGCUGAUUAUGAGUUGCCAUCAGAUGGUUCAAUGUAUGGAAAUUCAACAGAUAACGAAGAACAGACGAAAGUCAAUCAACAUGGAAAGAGCAAGGUUUUGACUGUCGAUUUGAUCAGACCGUUCAAAUGUGAUUUAUGUGAUUUGGUAUUUGACAGAAUGUCACAGUUGGACAAACACAAAAGAAAUGUGCAUAGCCAGGAAAGAUCUCAAGUAUGUCAGAUAUGUGGAAAAGGAUUUUUCAGGUCAACAGAUUUGAAAACCCACUUAAACAUUCAUUUAGGUACUAAUAGAUGCAUUUGCGAAGUUUGCGGAAGAGAAUUCAAUCAUGUUUCCAAUUUAAUUAGGCACGGCAGAACUCACUCAGGAGUGAAACCGUACCCAUGCACCAUUUGUGGCAAGCGAUUUACACAGAUCAAUACAUUAACCAGACACAAAGCUAUUCACAAAAGAGGAGAUGACAGUAUGGACUGUUGUUUUUGUGACAAACAGUAUAAAACUAGAAAUGGUCUUAAACUACACAUGAAGAAAUCGCACGGAUUUACUGGAAGUUGUCAGCAGGAUUAUGGAAAAAUUGUUAAACGCAAACAUUACUGUACAAUUUGUGGGGACAGUUUUCAAUUCGUUGAGCUAUUAAAAGUUCACGAGAGUAUGCAUCAAGGCAUAAAUAUAUUGGAGUGCAAAAGUUGUAAUCAGGUAUUUCAAAAGAUGGACGAAAUCAAAGAACACAGAUGUGAUAAACCGAAAUUAGCUGGUGCAAAUGAAAUGAUAUCUGAGAAAAUUGUGUCUGAUGAAGAAUUCUCUGAGAAGGCCAGAAACCAAGAAAAAAUUAUAUCAAAUUUAUCUACAGAGGAACAAAGUUUUGUUACAAAACUUGAGGUUGUUGACCAAAGUUCGAGAGAUUCUUGUUCGGAAAGAAUUCCUAGAGCCAAGGGUAUCUCGAAAAUGAAUACGAUACAGAAUUCAAGUAACCAUGAACCUGAUUACAAAUUCAAACCGACCAUUCUUACAUGUCCCAGCAACCGGGAAGAGGAUAAGCGAACUAAAGAAACAAUCGUUUAUGUUACUACUGAACAGCUGGCAAACAUGAAUACGGAACAAGUAGUAGAUACAGCAAACCAUUUUUUGCAUGAACACUUGAUGCAACUAGCGGCCGAAAGUGCCUUGCAAACUGAUAAUAUAAGUUCUCGAGACUGUGACAAUGAAGCCGCUGUAUCUGAGAUGAUAAGUAAUUGUUGGAAAGAAAUUGAGAUACCUGAUGUGAAUGAACCUGAACUAGCCGAAAAGCAAGAUGCGUCAUCAAAAAAUACUACCCAAAAUAUAAUUUAUGUACACACGUUAAAAAAGGACGGUCUAGCAUUUUUGAAUAAAAGUGGAGAUCUCGGGAAUAUUGGUACUGAAAUAAUGCCAGAAAAAUUACAAAAUAUUAAACAUGACUUAGAGGCGAUCGAAAAUUCUACUUUGCAUGCCGAGCUUCAAGAGACAUAUACUUUCAAGCUUAGAGAAAGUGAAUGCGUACAGCAGCAUCAUCUGGUUGGAAAUAAAAAUUGUAGUAAGAAAAUUUCUGGAGUUAAACGAAAUCCAAAUAAAUUGUUAGAUUCUGUGUUAUUUGAAAAUAUAAAUUUAAACUGUUCAGAACCAAGUCAUAGACAAGAAUUAGACACAAGUUCGGUUACAAAAGGAAUGAAAGUACUAGAAAUUCAAGACUCUGUGCUGUACUUGAAUGAAGAAAACUCUGAUAAAGGACAACGCGAAGAUGGUAAUUUACAAACCACUUUACAUGCACAGAAUAUGUUUGAAGACUUAUUCAAAAAUCAUAUGGAUAACGUUAAUACGGUAAUCACUAAAUCCUCUGACAAUCAAGAACCAACUUUGAGAUUGGUGAAAACAGACAACGAAGAACAAUUCUAUGAGCUACUGAUCACAAAUUGCUCAGAAAAUGAGGUAGAAUCUUGCGAAAUAGGAAAAAUUUCAGAGGAGAGUAUCCACGAAAAUUCAAAAAUAACACCAAACGAGCCUAUAUCAGAUUCACUGUUGAAAUUAGUCCAAUUAGAGAAUGGUCAACGUAUCUUGGAGUUAACGGAAAACACGCUAUCAGAGGGAUCUGAUAUUCCCGAAAUGAUUGGAGAGCGGACAGGAACGGAGGAUAUUGAAGAGGAAGUACAAAAUUUAUCGAAGAAUGUUAAUCACGAUAAAAGUGCCGAAAAAAGUUUUGUGCAUAACAGGGGGGAGAAAAUCUUUUACCUGGCACAAAGUAAUAAAGAUAAUUUGAUCGACUUUUUUGAAAUAGAAACACUUGGGACGCAAGACCAGAACUGUGAUUUUGUCUCGGACGAAACUAUACAGAAUCUAUCAAUACAAACAAAUUUUGACGAUUUGGGAACUCUGAACAAAAAUGAAAAUUUGGAAAUUGAGAGUCCGCCAAUGGGUAAUGAAAGUUGUGAAGAAAUCUUUGGAUUAAUUCAGAAUAAUCUUCCGAAAUACAAUGAGAAAAUUAAAAGCGAAUCCAAGAAAGCUGUAAGGGAAGAUGGACCCAUGGUAAGACUUGUACAGAACGAAGAUGGGGCGCAAUUUUUCGAACUAAUUCGAGGCGAUUCAGAAUUUGAUGAAACGCAAGACUUUGAGUUGAUUCAAACCUAUGAUACAGAUGAAGGGCAAAGCACCCAAUUUGUAAAUAAUAUCAAACACGCUGAAAACGUGCAUACAGAAACAAGUUACACGAUGAAUGGUACCGACGAGAAAAGUAAACUAGAAUCUGAAGUAUCUCAGAAGAAAAAGCCGAAAAGUAAUGUGAAAAAGUAUAACUGUGACGUUUGUAAAAAAUCAUUUUCAAAAGGUUACAAUUACAGACAACACAUAGGAACACAUUUUGCUGAUCAACAAAAAUUCAAAUGCAAGGAAUGUGGGACAUUAUUUGCCUGGAAGUCUACUCUCAAUAAACACAUGGCUAGUCACAGAGCUGGAGGGCAACAGAAAUUCGUCUGUGAAAUUUGUCCAAAAGUCUAUACAACUUUGUCGCAAGUAAACGAACACGUUAAGAGAGAUCACCUCAAGGAGCGUAAUCACAAGUGUACACAUUGUUCGAAGACAUUCUUCAAAAAGUUUGACCUCAAAACACAUACCCGUACCCACACAAAAGAACGACCAUACGAGUGUCGCAUUUGUUACAAGAGUUUCCAUUAUCAGAGUCACAUUAUUCGCCACGAGCGUAUUCACUCAGGAGAGCGACCAUACGCUUGUAAUAUUUGUGAAAAAACAUUCACGCAAUUGGGGUCAUUAAAGAAUCACAGGCAGAGGCAUCAAGAAUUGAAAAUAGAUAUUUUAGAUUAUCAAAUGGAUGAAGACGAUCCUUUACCGCGAUCAACAUUGUAGGUUUGGACAUAUUUUUACAUACAAUAACUCUCAGAGUAAUAUACUUCGGUAGUCAGAGUUUCACAGAGAAUUGGUAUAAUAGUAAUCAUGUUUAUGUGCAAGGUUGGUUUAUAAUAUACAUAUAUUGAAGUUACAUAUUUUUCCGUGUACUAUGUAUAUACAUAUGUCAUAGGUAUCCACUCAAGUCGUGAAGUUAGUCCAUAAAAUUUUAUUAAAAAGACCCGAAGUUAACUUGUAAAAAACAGUUGUAACCCUGACAUUGUUAUUCCUAGCAUAUUCCCAAUAAAAUUUUUGGCCCCUUGCAAUCUCGCUACAAUCCAUUCUCAACUAAGGAAUCAUCUCCGAUAAUGGUAUUUUGGCGAUACAAUGUGUACGAAGUACAUUUAAAAGUGUAUGAGAUCGCCGAAAAGGAAGAAGAUUGUUUUAAAUAUUGGGAAAUUGUGUGUAACAUGUCGUGUAUAGGUAUAAUAUAUACCAAUAAAAGGGAUGCAAAAAAACUGCGGCUUGUGAGAGCGCAACACUCGUUUUACAAUGUUAAUUUGUUUUUCCUAAAGUUAAAGAGAGAAUAAAAUAUGCGAGGUUGAAUAUUGAAUGAACCAAUUCACUACAGAGAUAACAUUUUAUUUUUCAAUAAUAUCGUUAAUAUUUAAAAAGGUACAGAUCUUUAGCUUCGUUUAACGAACGUUAAACGUACAUACAUUGAAAUGUUGAGCAAUUACGUGUCGUAAUGUAAUGGUGUAAAUGAUAGCUAUCAGAAUUAGGUACUUCAAUACCGUUACUUGCUGUUGUUAUGAAUGAAUAUUUUAUGAAAAUAACAUAUAAUACUUCCUUGAUGUAGUUGAUGAUUCAAGCAAACAUUACUUUUCAAAUUAGGUUCAAUUACCAAUAUGUAAUUAUAUUAAAAAUACUGGAUUAAUCACAAUUAUUUCCUGUUACAAAUUUUAAGGGAUUUGAUUGUGAAUGGCGACGAGAUAAAUGUGGAAAACACAGUUUUACAUAUCACCCAAAAUUGCUUCCGGAGAUAAAAGCAUGGUUUUAAGUUUCUUAUCCGAACUAAUCAGAUUCCUUUUAUUGUAGGAUUAUUUUACAAUUGUACACGAAAUUUGAUCAAACCCUGUAAUUUUCAAGCAAAGUAUAGAUUGAAAUACCUAACCGAAGUUAACAAGUUUCGUGUUUAUCAUUCAGAGUGAGAUUGGAAAGUGAAAGAAAUUUAAAAAAACUAUAUUGUGCAUAAACUCUG